UGUUUUGUGUUGCAAAGGCUACCGCAGAAUAUCACUUUCUCUCAUAAUGAAGGCCUUCCUAAUUUUUAGCUCGAUUGUCUUGUACCAUUUGAGCCUUGCUUUGGAAUAUCUGCAUUCCAGCGGAAGACGACGACCACUACCCGGGGAGACUCCAGAUGCUGUCAAGGUGUUUGAGGCUUUCAAAUCUGUUGUUCUUGUCUCAGACCCAAGCAACGCAACAAUGCUUGACUGCCUUCAAGCAAGUCGAUCAGAGAUGAACACAGAGCAACGAACAGCGACGUACACUUGGAUCCUCCCGAAAAUUGGGCAAACUAUUCCGUUAUACGUCAAGGCUGGAGAUAGUCCUGGUGCAUUUACAUAUACUGCUGGCAAUGAUUCCACAGUAUCGUCGGGAAAAUACCACUACACGGAUUUUCACACCUGUCUGGUAUUGGACAUUGACUUUCAGGGAUAUCAAUGUAUGUUGGUCGCCUCUCCACGAUUUGAGAACAGCGUACCAAAGGAAUGCAUCUAUUACUUCCGGCGAACCUGCGGCAGAAGUGCUAGCCUUCGCAGCAGAGAUCACUGCAAUGAUGACGAAAAUGCCAAGAAAUGCUGAAGCACUGUGACUCCCUCUUGGAAGCCUAUGGUCUGCAUACAAGAGAAGCCUCAGCCGUACAGCAUUUGCGUAGAAAUAAAUAGGUAGCACGAUGCUGGCGAAGAAGAGAAUAACUAGAAAAACACCGAUAACUCCAGACCCUGAGACCAACUGCCCUUCUUUGUGUAUAUCUACUCUCCGUGUCUUUCCUCACAACCACCAGGUUACAUAGCUAAUACGAAAACCAACUUGUCAAGCUUUCUACGCUUAUAGUGACAAAUAAAUAUCUUUAUAUGU